UUGCGGAAGUAUUUUAAAAUUAUCGUUAAGGCGAUUGAACAGCUCCACAAAUUCGACUGCAUAUCAAGCGAUAUAAAACGCAGAAAUUUCGCUCCAGGACAACGUUGCAACAAACAGUCCAAAAUUAUCUCUCUCUUCGAUUUUGGUCUGUCAAGAAGGUACAUUGACAAGGUGAGUUCAAGAGUCAUGAAAGGCGAUGAGUGUAGGAAUGCGAGCCUUUAA